AUGGCAAGUGUCCAGCAAAACGGGCAGAGAUAUGGCAUUACAGAACCUAUUUCCUGGGGGGGACCGACAGAGGUUGAUGUGAUCAAGACUCAAGAGCUCGAGAAGUACUUGCAAGAUGUCGGAUUGUACGAAAGUGAGGAGGAAGCUGUUAGAAGGGAGGAAGUUCUUGGGAAACUUGAUCAGAUUGUGAAGACAUGGAUUAAAAAGAUCAGCCGUGCCAAAGGGUUGAAUGAGCAGCUUAUGCAGGAAGCGAAUGCAAAGAUAUUUACUUUUGGUUCUUAUCGCCUAGGGGUACACGGACCUGGUGCUGACAUAGACACUCUAUUGGUUGGACCUCGACAUGCAACUAGAGAUGGUGAUUUCUUUGGUGAACUACAAAGGAUGCUAACUGAUAUGCCUGAAGUGACUGAGCUGCAUCCUGUCCCUGAUGCUCAUGUUCCUGUGAUGGGAUUCAAACUCAAUGGAGUUUCCAUAGAUCUCCUAUAUGCACAACUUUCUCUCUGGGUUAUUCCAGAGGAUUUGGAUGUUUCACAGGAUUCUAUUCUACAGAAUGCUGAUGAACAAACAGUUCGAAGCCUUAAUGGUUGCAGAGUUACAGACCAGAUCUUGCGUCUGGUUCCAAACGUUCAGAGCUUCCGGACAACAUUGAGAUGUAUGAGGUUUUGGGGCAAGCGACGUGGAGUUUACUCAAAUGUUUCUGGAUUUCUUGGUGGUAUAAACUUGGCGUUGCUUGUAGCUCGGAUAUGUCAGCUUUAUCCUAAUGCUCUUCCAAACAUGUUGGUGUCUCGGUUCUUUAGGGUUUUUACCCAGUGGCGUUGGCCUAAUCCCGUCAUGCUUUCUGCUAUUGAAGAAGGACCUCUAGGGCUUCAAAUUUGGGAUCCUAGAAGAAACCCAAAGGAUCGGUUGCAUUUAAUGCCCAUAAUCACUCCCGCUUAUCCAUGUAUGAACUCCAGUUACAAUGUCUCCUCAAGCACUCUGCGGAUUAUGACAGAGGAGUUCCGAAGGGGCAAAGAAAUAUGUGAGGCUAUGGAAGAGAACAAAGCUGAUUGGGAUACCCUUUUCGAGUCUUUUGCUUUCUUUGAAGCAUACAAGAAUUAUCUACAGAUUGACAUCUCUGCCGGAAACACCGAUGAUUUAAGGAAAUGGAAAGGAUGGGUUGAGUCACGCCUUCGGCAGCUCACACUCAAGAUCGAAAGACAUACUUAUGACAUGCUUCAGUGCCAUCCACAUCCCGGUAAUUUUCAAGACUCGAACCAACCGCUCCAUUGCUCGUAUUUCAUGGGUCUGCAACGGAAACAAGGAGUUCCAGUGAACGAAAGUGAGCAGUUUGAUAUAAGACGGACCGUCGAGGAGUUUAAGCACGCUGUUAACAGUUACACUUUGUGGAGUCCUGGGAUGGAGAUUAGCGUCAGCCAUGUAAAGCGGAAGAACAUUCCUAACUUUGUGUUUCCUGGUGGGGUCCGUCCUUUGCUUAACUCGAAAGGAACAUGGGACAGUAGACGUCGUUUGGAACAUAGGAUGAUGUCUUCUGCUAAUGCUGCUGUUACAGAAGCAAGUUCCGAAAGCAAGGCUGAUUCUAACAGCCCAGGUGACGGGAAGAAGAGAAAACGGACAGAUGAUGAGAACCCCGAUGAUCAAUCGAGGAAUCUGAAACACUCCACUGUUCAACCGCCAUUGGAAGUUAGCUCUAAUAUGUCUGUUGGUUCCAUCACUUCAAGCCCUGUGAAGGAUUAUGUCAUGAAUGGAUGUAAACCCGAAACCCGUAGUAAGGAUUCGCCUGAGAACAUGGCAAUAGAUAAGAUCGCUUCUUCUUCUGGUCCAUGUGUUUCUCAUCAAGCUUCCAGUCAAGAACCCGAUGAGCUCGAAGACGCUUUUGAUUUUGAAAAUACAGUGAAUGAGCAAAAAGCAGAUGCUUCAAAGGCAGUUCCGACCAGUGUAGUUGGUACUUCAAAUGCCUCAUCAUUUCCCGGUGGGGCCGUGGAAGAACUUGAGGAGAUUCCGGAGCUGGUAGCGACGCAAAAGCAAGAUGUUACAUAUAGCGCUUCAGCUCAACAGCGAAAGCCGAUAAUCAGAUUGAACUUCACGUCCCUUGGCAAAGCAGCUGGCAAAAGCACUUGAAAAGGAGGAAACGUUCUGUUCAGUUUUUUCAUCUGUAUUAAUAAUAUAAACACCUUGAGUUGGAUGAAAAACUGUUUUAUUUCUUCGUGAGUUGCUUUGUCAAAAGAAAUCGAGCUCUUUUUUCUAUGUAUGUUUGGCAUCACAUUGAAUGGAUUCUAUAUAUGAUUAUGCAGUAAUAUGGUUACAUCA